CUAGUGACACGUAUGCGAUAUACGAAAUUUCUCUGGCUAUCGCGACAAGAGGAAUGCAUAACAAUACUUAAUCUGAGAGGAAAAAAGAGCGGAAUUGAGCGAUCGGACGCAGUCGGACACGAGAUUUUUCCGCAAGUUGGAACUGCAUUCGAAGCUGGAAAUGCAACAAUGUCGUCUUCCGUUGCGCAUUACGUCCUUCUUCUCUUAGGAAUCGGGAUGUGCAUCGAAGAGGAACUUGGGCUUAGCUUGAAAGAUAAGGUGGCUCUGUAUCAAAAUUGUUCGAUUUUCGAUAAUCCGGAUAUCUAUGGUGGUCCGAUAUGUGGUGACAAUGGCGUCACAUAUGCCAAUGGUUUAUACUUAGACUGCAAAAAUCAUCACAGCCAGGAUAUUGUCGCUACGUUGCAUUCUGGUCCAUGCUUGGAAAACGAGAAAUAUUGUAGUGUUGAUCUACAUUAUGAGCCAGUUUGCGGUUCAGAUCAUAAAAUUUACACGAAUAUGCAAUCGCUUCUAUGCGUUCGCCACAAACAAUCGAAAGACUUGAUAGCCGUGUCUAUGGCAGACUGCCGACAGAAUGAUCAUUGUUACAGAGAGGGCACCGAACAUUACGAGGUGAAUCCGGUUUGCGCUAAUAAUGGGCUCACGUAUCAGAACGCGGCACAACUCAAAUGCUUGCAACGAUAUAACCCUGAAUUGCAAAUUAUUCACGACGGCGGUUGUCGCGUGGAAUUCGUUCACCAGCUUUACGGUGCAGCGGUUUGUGACAUCGCGAAAGUGAGAUAUGAAUGGAAUCCGGUUUGCGCAUCGGAUGGCGUUACUUAUUCAAAUCCUUUCCUGUUUCUCUGCCAUCAUUCACAUCUAAAAGUAAUUUCCAACGGAGAGUGCGACACGCAUAGCCACGAUUCCUGCAUAGAAGCGCACACAAACACGACGAUUUUGCCAAAUGGCGAGUAUGUGAACGAAGCUUUUACCGCGGAUGAUGAGGUUUGCGGGAACGACGGUCACACAUACCAGAGUAUACAUCAUUUGCAAUGCCAGACACGUCACGACAAAUAUCUGUUCUUGAAGCAUCAUGGUCCGUGCUCUGGGCCGGACGAUCAUCCUUGCGGAUCGAUCCCGGAAGAAGAUCACAGACAACCGGUGUGCGGCACCAACGGCAAGGCCUACAUAAGUCCAGAGGCUCUCUGGUGCGCCAAAUUGCGCUCCCCGGCAGAAGAUAUUGUUUACAAGCACGACGGUCCCUGUUAACGAAGAGAUUGUAAUCAUAUGAUGGAAGACCAGCCAUUAUUUCGCUUAUGCCUGUAAAAUAUUAAGAAAUAUAUUAAAAUAUCUGUAAAAGUCAGAAAAGUCUGUAUUCAAGGAUCUUAAUAUAAGCAUAGAUAAUUCGAAAUUUAUGCUGGUGUGCAAUAAGGAUCUUCUUUUUU